GGCGCGCCAAUUUACAUUGUGCCAAUUGCGUACAUAGAUAUCAAUGUGCAUACAUACAUUUGUAGAUGUGUGUGUGUGUGUGUGUGUGUAGUUAAAGUGGGGGUCUAUACUCCUAACCUUUUGUCCUUUAGAAAUACUCGAGGUCAAUAGAGAUUACCUCUUAAUUUAUAUGAAUCCAGACGGAGAGUCAAAAGUAACUUCUUUGUUGGUUCUUGAGUGGAGUUAAUGGUGAAUACCAAUAUUUAGAAUGUCAAGGUAUAUGUAAUAUUAUCUGUAGAAAGUGGUCUUUUUGGUAUUCGUUUGUUUAUGCAUAUGAAUGUCUACAUGUAUCAUUUCCUGCCACGACAUGUCCAUAUUAGCUGCGAUGUUAAUCUUUUACAAAAUGAACUUUGGGUUGUUCUAUUAGUGCUUUUUUUUGGCUUCUGAUUUGACUGAGUGCCUCUUCUAUAUUUACUUAAGCGAGGUCUAUGUAUCUGUAUUAUUGGUAACGUGAUUUGGUACUGCAUAUCUAUUGUAACAUAUUAAAUGCAACCAUUUUGUUGAAGUCUUACAAUAUUUGUAUGACUUAAAAAAUUAGACAUGGUUCUAGGUUUGUAGUGAGCAGUAUCUUGACAAGUUUAUAAUGUCUGAAGAGGCUGAGCAGAUGAUGGUGCUUUAUGGCGAUCCCUCGGAUCAGAGAUCUCUAUCUUUGGAUGAUACAAGCAGCACUGAAGAAUCACCCGAUCAAACAAGGCUGUCUCUGGAGACAACUAAUGAUGCAGUUCCAUACAUAGGACAAAGAUUUCCCACUCAUGAUGCUGCUUAUGAAUUCUAUGCUGAAUUUGCUAAAGGCUGUGGCUUUUCAAUCAGGCGUCACCGCACAGAAGGCAAAGAUGGUGUGGGCAAAGGACUUACAAGACGGUAUUUUGUUUGCCAUCGUGCAGGCAACACUCCUGUCAAAGCCGCUAAUGAUAAUAAGCCUCAGAGGAACAGAAAAUCCUCCCGCUGUGGAUGCCAAGCAUAUAUGCGGAUAAGCAAGACAACUGACAUAGGAAUGCCUGAAUGGAGAGUGACUGGUUUCAUGAACCACCAUAAUCAUGAACUUCUAGAGCCAAACCAAGUACGCUUUCUUCCUGCAUAUCGCAGCAUAUCAGAUGCAGACAAGAGCCGUAUUCUAAUGUUUGCAAAAACUGGAAUUUCAGUGCAGCAAAUGAUGAGGCUUAUGGAGCUAGAGAAGGGUAUGGAACCAGGCUAUUUGCCAUUUACUGAGAAGGAUGUCAGAAAUUUGCUUCAAUCAUUCAGGAAGGUGGAUCCUGAGGAUGAAAGCAUAGACUUGUUGAGAAUGUGUAGAAACAUUAAGGAAAAAGAUCCCAAUUUCAAGUAUGAUUUUUCACUGGAUUCCAACAACAGAUUGGAAAAUAUUGCAUGGUCAUAUGCCUCAUCCAUCCAGUCAUAUGAAGUUUUUGGUGAUGCUGUGGUCUUUGAUACAACUCAUCGAUUGACUGCUUUUGACAUGCCACUUGGGAUAUGGGUUGGAGUGAACAACUAUGGUAUGCCAUGCUUCUUUGGUUGUGUUCUUCUUCGAGAGGAAACUAUGAGAUCCUACUCUUGGGCUUUGAAGACAUUCUUGGCGUUCAUGAAUGGGAAGGCUCCACAAACAGUACUAACUGAUCAAAAUAUGUGUCUCAAAGAGGCAAUUAACUUGGAGAUGCCCACAACUAAGCAUGCCCUUUGCAUUUGGCUUAUCGUGGCAAAGUUUCCGUCAUGGUUUAAUGCUGUUUUAGGAGAGCGCUACAAUGACUGGAAGGCUGAGUUUAACCGGCUCUAUAAUUUGGAAUCUGUGGAGGACUUUGAGUUGGGUUGGAGAGACAUGCUGAACACAUUCGGACUGCAUACAAACAGGCAUAUUGCCAGUCUAUUUGCCUUGAGAUCACUGUGGGCGCUGCCAUACCUUAGGAGCCACACCUUUGCUGGCAUGACCACAGCAGGCCACUCAAAGUCAAUCAAUGCUUUUAUCCAACGGUUUCUGAGUGCACAAACCCGGCUAGCACAUUUUGUCGAACAAGUGGCUGUUACAGUUGAUUUUAAGGAUCAAACUGGAGAGCAGCAGACUAUGCAGCAAAAUCUACAAAAUAUAUGCCUUAAAACAGGUGCUCCCAUGGAAGCACACGCUGCUACAGUUCUGACACCAUUUGCGUUCUCUAAGCUUCAAGAACAACUUGUUUUGGCUGCCCAUUAUGCAUCAUUUCAGAUGGAAGAUGGUUUCCUCAUCCGCCACCACACAAAACUUGAGGGUGGACGGAAAGUUUACUGGGUUCCAAGAGAGGGCAUCAUAAGCUGCAGCUGCCACCAAUUUGAGUUCUCUGGAAUACUUUGUCGCCAUGCUCUCCGUGUUCUGUCCACAGGAAACUGCUUUCAAAUACCAGAAAGAUAUCUGCCACACCGGUGGCGAAGAAUUAGUACACCAUCAACAAAAGCUCUUCAAAAUACUCACAAUGACCACAUGGAAAGGGUUCAAUUAUUGCAGAAUAUGGUUUCUACUCUAGUAACAGAAUCAGCAAAGUCAAGGGAACGUCUUGACAUUGCAACAGAGAACGUUUCAAUCCUUUUAUCGAGGAUAAGAGAACAGCCAAUUUGUUCACAAGGUGUUAGAGAGUUAUCCUCAAAUCAGAGAAAUCUUUGAUUAUAGUUAAAUACUUUUGAUUACAUCCAGAAUUCUUGUAGAAAAAAGGGACAAAAGAGAUGAAACAGGGGAAAUUUGUCUAGCUAGUGUGUAAAGAGUUGAGAGCUGGCUUGAUACCCUUUAUAUGACAGAUUUGCAGAUUGUGUUUUCCAAAAUCUGAUAAACCGAUAUGUAAAGUUUUGUGCUCCAGGGAAAACAUGAAAAAGGCAAUAUAUUUAUUAACUUUAUAUGCUGCUUUUGCAUUGAAGGGGAAAGAAAAAGACUAAGAAUCAGAUUUUUCUUGUUCUGUGCAUGUAUUGGGUUUUUUUCUAUAAUUAUUUAGUAUCCAAUACUCACUGAUUCGACUGGUUUUUCAUUAAUAUGCAUUUAUUAGCUGUUACUCU